AGCUUUUUUAAAAGGGGAUGUUGUGAAACAAUAACAAAGAGGUACGAGGCCGAGAGAGACCAGAAGCAAUUUCCUUCAGACCAUGGAUCUCAGUUCACUGAGCCGUCUCCUUAUAAACCCCACUCACCUGGUCCUGUUCUGGGUAUCUGCUGCAAUUGAACAAGGAUCUGCCUCACUUGAAUACAACUUCAGUUUAAACAAUUCAAUGACCCACAACAUGGAUCGGUGUGAACAGUAUUUUCAGAAUGGCCAGGAUCUUUGUGCAGUAACAAAAUCGUGCUGUCAGACAGGAGUGGAUGAAUACGGCUGGAUUGCUGCGGCUGUCGGUUGGAGUCUUUGGUUUCUCACCCUCAUCCUUGUCUGUGUGAAUAAAGUAGCAAAGCUGAGGCCGGAUGAGUCACAGAAGUACCCUUCAGCCUAACACCUGGGAGGAAGAAACCCUUAGGGAAGGAAGAAGGGAGCUCUCAGACUUCCUUUGGCAUCAUCUUAGCAAACUACAGUCAUCAAGUUGCUUGAAGCAAAAUAAGACUAUCUAUUGGAAGUGGAACUCAAUACAGGCUGCUAGAUUAUGCUAAUCUACACGACAUUGAUCGAGGAUUUCGGAAAUAACUGACAGUGAAACUGUGCGUUGUUUCAUAUCUUCCAUUGCACUUGAAGAAUUGAUCAUUUGAUAAAUAAUUUUUACUUUUUGCUCCUACCAUUUCUCUAUUGUAAAAUGUGUCAGUUGUUGUUUUAUUGUCUUUAUUCUUAGGGCUUCUUUGAACUUCUUAUCCUUGUUCCAGGUUCAGCAUCUUGCAUGUUUGUUUUUUUUUGUUGUGUGGCAUCUCAAGUGUUACCAUGGAUUUGGAAUUACUUCAGUGCCUGGAAAGAUAAGUUACCUAAUAGUGCAUGGUGGGCUAUCAUACCUUUUCCAGUGCCCUUGCUUAUGAGUCCCACAGUGCUGCAGUAAAACAGGUGUGAUCUACUUAGCAAACUCUCAUUAGCCUCAAAAAACCAGCAAAGGCCUGAUUUUACACAUGACCUCAGUUUCUGCAGGGCAUAAUUAAAUAUGGAAAAGUCCUCUUCUAACAUCCAGUGGAUAUUGCUGGGCAGUUCUGGCUAACUACAUCUAUUGUUGUCACAUACACAAAGAACUCAUAAGAAAAAUCAUGAUCCUGAGUGUUCAGACAGCAGGCAUGGUGGAAUUUAGGCUUCCUUCACCUAUUCUCGCAUUUUCCUAAUGCAAUCACACCAGUUGUUAUGAAGUCCAAAGUUACCAGGAUAUCUUUUCCAAUGGACUUUCCUUAUCUUUGAUACUUUCUUACUUUGCACAUACAAUGGUCCUGAAAAUAUUAUAAAAAUCUAUUCCCCAAUACUAUUAUUUCCUUGGUGUUGCCUUUAAUGCAAUUUUUAGAAGCAAUAGGGCAGAACUCAAUUCAUUUUUUGAUCCUUGAUAAAUCAAAAAACUGUUAACUGUUGACUGAUCAACAGUUACCUAGCACAUUUGGUUGAAAUUAUUGCUGUACAAAGGGGUCACACCAGUUACUGAAAUCAAAGGUUCACAUACUUUUUCCAACAAAUCCAUGCAAUAUUGGUUAAUUUUUUCAAUAAAUAAACGAACAAGUAUAA